UAUUUUUUUUCUCUCGCACGGAUUUAUGGCUAGCCUUGUCAGUUUGUUAGAAGAGUUACGUGUUAUUAGGGAUAGUAUAGUUAAGUUAGGUAAGGACAAACGCCAGACUGUGCAAGGUAGGAAUAAGUUAUUGUUAGCACAGGAUGUUAAACGUAAAUUUGAUUUGAUAAUAGCAGAUAUAUGUGAAAAAGAAGUUGCAGCUGGGGAUCUCGAUGUAGGUUUAAAGACAGCAGAGGACUUCGAAUGUUUAUUUUUGGAAAUUCAGAGGCUAGUUAGGGCGGAUACAGUAUCAAAAAUGGCCGAUUUUGAUUUAAAAACGGCUCUUUCGCUUUUGCCUGUGGCAGAUGUGGACGAAAAUCAAAUAAACCAGUUGAUUGAUGGGGUACAAUUUUAUAGCAGUACGUUAAAGGAGAACGAUCAGACCGUUUUGAUAAAUUUUGUUGUUAAGACACGGUUGUCGAGUAAGGCGAAGUUAAAAAUUAAAAAUGAGUACGUGACCGUGACGGAUUUGAUUAGCGAUAUUAAGAAGUAUUUGUUGCCUAAAAAGUCGUAUACGGCUAUCCUUUCGCAGCUGCAGAGGUGUAGGCAAGGGAAUAGGAGUAUAGAGGAUUUUGGGAAUGAGGUCGAACAGCUGUUUACUAACCUAACGUUGACUCAAGCCGAUGGGAAUUCGGUAGCGCACGAUAUCCUUAGGCCGAUAAAUGAGAAAACGGCUAUUAGGCGUUUUGCGGAAGGAUUGAAUAGUGACAGGAUAAGUACUAUUAUUGCAUCGCGGGCCAUUGAAUCAAUUCGGGAAGCGAUAACUGUAGCGGUGGAUGAGUCAGAAGUCAUCCAGAAGCCAGCGGCAAGUUGUUUUCAAUUUUCAAAACGUCCUUUUGAGCAAAAUAGGGGUUAUUUGGGUAGUAACAAUAAUAAACAAUAUUUUGGUCAACGGACUUUCUAUCCUAGGAAUAACAAUAACAGAUUUAAUUUCGCGCGUUCAGGCUACCGCGGGCCGAUUCAGCAAGGUCGGGGACAAAUGAAUUUCCAUAGUAAGCAAAAGCCGAGCAGUUUUGCUAGCGAACGCAAUGUCAAUGUCGUAGAGUCGACGGCAGUAAAAAAGGAGGUGGAGAAACAAAUUAGGAAAUUAUUGGAUGAGGAUAUAAUCGAGGAGUGUACUAGUGAGUGGUCUUCCCCUCUAUUGCUUUUGCCAAAGAAGUUAGACAGCAGUGGUGAAAAGAAGUGGCGUAUUGUCAUUGAUUAUAGGCUGUUGAAUAAGAAGAUAGUCGAUGAGAAAUUUCCGCUGCCAAACAUGCAAGAGAUAUUAGACUCUUUGUCCGGCUGUGUUUAUUUCUCGCAUUUGGAUUUAAGUUCCGGAUAG